AUGCUUCGUAAAACGGAAUGUCCAAAAGUUGAACCAAUGCAAUGUCCAACACAGAUAACAGUUGACGAUGAAGGCAGACCACGAUACGCUGAACGUCAAUUACCAUAUUUUGUUAGGAUACUUCUAAAUGAUACCGAUGUGUUACCGGAAAUUGACAAAUGUAUUCGCAUUUGUCUACCAAAUAUAACAAUACCAUCUGAUAUAGAUAUUCCACCAACCAGCACCGAAAUACCGUACAUCGAAGGAGCAACAGCUCAUUGUUACUUGGAUGAUGUUGGUAAACCAAUAUUUCAUGCUCAUUCUAAUACUUAUUUCGGAUCAUGGAUGCGUGAUGCUUAUCCACAAAAUGGAAAAGAUAUGAUGAAACGUUGGAUGACAAAACAUUUUCAAGGUGACACAGUGGAGGAAUAUUUAGACGAAGGUGACAUGCGAAGGCAACGCGCUUUUGUCACUCAUCAUAUGCCUUAUCUAUAUGAUGGAACAAAUUUGAUAUUUUUCAAUGGCUCAAUAUAUUUCCAUCGUGCUGGCACUCCUAAAAUUGGCAAAUAUGAGUUAAGUUCAAAGGAUUAUAAUGAAGUGCUAAUUGAUAAGCAUGCAGCGCAUAAAGGAAAUAAUUACUUAUUUAACUUAUCGAUGAAUUAUUUCGAUUUGGCUGUAGAUGAGAAUGCUUUAUGGGUACUGUUUCAUUAUGAGGAUGAAGAGUACUUAUCAGUGGCUAAAUUAGACAUUAGCAAUUUAACAAUCUAUGAAACUUGGAAUUUAACUUUGAUUAAUCAUACCGAAGUGGCGAAUGGUUUUGUCGUAUGUGGCGUACUGUAUUUGGUAAGAAGUUCAUAUGAUUUAAAAAGUGAAAUAGCAAUUGCAUAUGAUCUCUAUCGUAACAAAUAUCGUGAACCAAAUAUUCAUUGGAUUAAUUAUAUUUAUUGGAUUAAUUAG